GUUUGGGAAAUGCGCGAGCAUUUACUAUAUUACCAGUGGCAACGGGAGCGCGACACUCUGCCGUAGAUGGAGGACUCUACUUGCAUAGCAUUUACAGGAGAAAAUGUCUUGGUGAUUACAACGCGGUCAAACAUCUCAACGUAGAAGAAAGCAGUUUUUUUUCUUUCAAAACGCCCUAGAAAUGACGAAUCAAUUAGGAAUAUUGAUUCAACUAUCUCUGAUAUUGCUCAACACAAAGUACGUUUUUUCGACCUCACCGCAUCCGAAACUCCUCGUAAUAUCUUACGACGCAUUUAGAUACGAUUACUUUGAUAGAAAUAUAACACCCUUCAUGGUUCAGAUGAAAGAAGAGGGGACUGAUGUUGAAUACAUGAAUAAUGUGUUUGUGACAAAAACACUAAUAAAUCAUCACUCCAUUGCAACCGGAUUUUAUGCUGAGACCCAUGGGGUCCUAGAGAAUGUCAUUCUGGGGCCCGAGGGGUUCCUCAAUAUCUCCCAAGAGUUGUUCAGUUAUAAUAAGAAUAUUUUACCUAUUUGGACUAUCAACGAACUGGACGGUGAAAACAGACACAGUGGAACGAUGAUGUGGCCUGGGAGUGAAUACAAAUACCGAGGGAUGGUAGUACCGAGUCAUGUCAUGCCCCUCAACAUUUCAAUGCCCUGGAAGGCUCGUGCCGACAAAGUAAUAUCCUGGUUUCUCGAUGAGAAGAAUCCAGUGAAUUUCGCUGCACUAUACAUCGAAGAGCCCGAUGCUCACGCCCACGCCCUAGGCACCGAACAUCCAAGAGUUAAAGAAUUAUUACGAAAACUCGAUGAGUUAACGAAAUACAUUCACGACAAACUCGAGGAGCAUAAUCUUCAAGAUGUGAACGUAAUCCACUUGAGUGAUCACGGUAUGGCGGAUGUAUCUAUUUCUAGAAUAAUAAAUAUCACCGAAUUGGUUGGUAAAGAUGAUUAUGAGACUGUCGCCAGUACCUCUACAAUGUUCAUAAUGCCUCACGAAGGGAAGGAGCAUAAUGUCUAUAAUAAACUCAAAGCGGCAGCUAAUAAAACUGGGGCCUUUGAGGUCUGGUGGAAACACGAAAUACCAGAACGGUAUCAUUAUGGUAGUAAUAGCAGAAUGAGCUCGAUAUUUGUCGUGGGCAAGGUCGGCUAUGCAUUCGAAGGACUCUAUAACUCAUUUCCUUAUUAUCAGUCUACAUUCAACGUCACAAUUACUAAUGACUCACUGUUCGGAGUACAUGGUUACGAUAACGAGGAUCGUAGGAUGCACCCAAUGUUCUUUGCCAGAGGCCCAGCGUUCUUAUCACACUGCAAACUAGAACCCUUUCAGAAUAUUGACUUACUGUCACUCUUUUGCAAUCUUCUUCAUAUUUCCGAGUGCCCCAAUACUAAUGGCACUCUCGAGGCUUUUAAACCUUGCCUUAAGGAGUAUGAGGAUCCAUCAAAGGACAAGAGUGUCUAUGCUGCAUUGAUUAGUAUGAUAAUAGUUAUUUGCAUAGUCGUUUUGGGAACCCUCUACUACCUGAGAAGAAGCCGAGAGCAACGAUAUUGGCACGCAUACAAGAGACCAAACUAUGAAGGGUCUGCAUAAAAUUUCAAACGAGCAAAUAUUGGACGACGCUAAGAUGGAACAGCUGUGGGACGAUCGUCAUGACGUGGAAACGAUGUGACAGUAGAUAAGAUGAUUUAAUUGAUGAGGAAACUGGUGGUUAAGUGGAGAUGAGUCCAAAAAUCAUUUGCAAAUAUCUAAAGAGGAUAUAUUAGAGAAAAAUAUUAAAGGACAUUUAGACCGUUGUUGAUGGGCUACAAAAUAGUUUUUUAAGAUCCAUGUUCUUUCUGAGUACGCGAAUUUCAGGAAUUUUCGCAAAGUAAUCCUGUAAUUUUUUAAAUUUUACUUGAAAAUCAAUUUGAAAAAUAGAAAAAUAAAAUUUUGAAAAUAUUUCUUGAAUAAAAGAUGUUUAGAGAAAAAUACUACGAAACUUUUUCAUAGCUCUUGAAGUUCUCUACAAAAAAUGUCUUGUUACAUUUUCCUUCCAAUGGCUUUAUUUAAAAAAUAUUCACAAAAUAAACUAGGCAAUUUUUUUUUGACUUUAUCAUCAGUUUCAUUCGCCUCGAACAAUUGCCCCAUCCUCAACAUUUUUCUCUCAUCCUUUAAAUACAAUUAAUUACAAUUGAUGGCCUAGUCCUAUUUAUUGAAAACCAAGAUUUAAUAGUUAAUUAUUGACGCAUUGAUUUUAAAAAGAAAAUAACCUGAUUGUUACGUAAAUUUUAAAUUUAAUUUUUAUCCAUUCACGUACCUCAAUUUAUCUUGUGAUUUACAAUUAUCAAUGUACAAAAAUAAAUUACCUCUACUACAAGAA